AUGUCGGGGCCCCCGGGGCCCAGUUCUGCAGCCGUGCGGCAGCGUUGGAUCACGCAGUUUGGCCCACCUCCGGCGUGUCAGCGGCCCUUAGAAGAGUUGGUAGAUGAUGCUACUCUCCGGUGCUGUCAACGCCUCACAUCCGCAGCUGGGGCACGUGCCCUAUUGCCCCAGGGCCAGAUAGGAGAAUUCUUUACCAUGGAUCAGUUCCAUGGUUCAUUUAAGCCCAUGUUGCAGCAGUGGAGCGCGCCGACAGGCUUCUGUGGGGCAAUGGCUGUGGCUGGGACAGAGCUACUCUUUGAGACUCUCAUCACCGGACCUUUGGCGGUCACGGGCACGCCUCAGACUACCGACCUCGUAGCAGAUCUCGCGUCAGCACCCCUCUGCUCUUUGGACUUACUGUGCCCGCGAGCUCAAGCUGUGAUGAAACAGAUUCACAGCUGGCGGACUGGCUACAUCCAGGAUCAUGCUUCAGACUUCGAUGCCCAAGGCGACAGUAAGCGAUAUCUGAGCGCCUGGUAUGCGAACUACGAGCUGUCGGAUGUUCUCCGCGACUUUUGUGCGCAGCAGCGAGCGUUGGGUGUGCCAGAUGCUGUGCUUGACCAGAUUCUGUUUCUGCGAGAGAACCAGUGGCCAGCAUACGACGAUGCCGCGCACGAAGAGCGCAAGCGGCUAAUGGAAGAAGAGACUUUUGGUGGACGUAAGGUGACCACUGAGGAUGGGAACGAGGGGCUUCGGUUCGACCCUUCCCAGGGAGACCGCUCCGUCAUUGUCGAAAUCCCAAACAGAAAGGUGCUGCUGCGAGCAGAUGAAUGGGAGGCACAAUAUGCAGCCAGCAUUGGGUUUCCAAGGAUUGCCUGUCUCGACGUCGGUAACCAUUUCACUUGCGCCGCAUUUUUCGAGGCGCCUGCAGGAGAAGGAGGUUUGUUGCCAACGACUUUGCAUUUCAACACAACGAAGAGCAAGUACAGCAGCCGCCACAUGCUACAGGUCGCUCAUUUUCUCUUUGCAAUGCGGGCUCUCCCUGCAUCCAGCGUUGCAACAGAGCGAGUGGAGGGCCCCUCGUCAGAACCUCUGACCCGAGAUGCCAUCGUCAUCUAUGAUGACUGA